AUGGCUCUCCCAAUUCUUCGUCUUCCCCGAAAAUGCCUACGUCUCGCAGCUCUGCACAUGAAAUUUAUCGAUUUAAUACGCUUCUCAUUCACCUGUGAGACUGCAAAAAAUCUCGCGGAAACUUUCAACUUUCCGGUGACCGGAAUUCGAAUGGCUAUCAGAGCAAAUUUCCGUCUUGAUGUUAUCUAUGAAGGGGAAAUGUAUACAUUUGCAACUGAGAAGUGGCUGGAAGAACAGGAUCUGGAACAAGUUUACAUUUCUCGACGGCAAAUCGUGAUUUUCCCGGAAGAAUUUGGCAUCAGAAAUUACAUUGAUCACCUGCAAAUUGUGCUGAAAUAUCCUAAGAUUACUGAGCUGUUCAUUGCAAGCUUCGAUCACGAUUCAGAGCAGUUUUGUAAGGAGUUUGAAGGCUUGAAGUUCAGAACCUUAAGUUUUGGAUCCAACGAUCCACUGUCCUCAAUGCGCACCGCAAUCAGUCUAUCCCCUCAAAGUGAUAUUAUCCAGCUCGAAGGUGAAGAUAUGUCAUCUGCGAAGUCUCUUCUUCUACAGAACACCGAUGAAGUCUACAUAACAUCCUCACCAUUCACCUUUACCCUCAAUGACCUACUACUUUGCAAUAGCCGGAGAGUGGUUGUGCGCGCGAGAUGGGACCUGAAGGACCUGAACACGUUCCUGAAGCACUGGGCAGCAGGGGUAAGGAGAUUGGAAAAGCUAGUUGUUGGGCAUCAGAAUCUACCGAGAACUUUGAAUCAGCGGAUGGCUAGCUUGUUCCAAGGGAUCAGUCAUGAGGUUUUGCCGAAGGAUCGUGUGACAAGGCAUUUGGAUGGUGGAGAGGAAGUGAUGUUCAAGGGAGGAACGAUUAUUAGGAGAAACGAUGGAAUUGAGGCAAUUGUUAUUUUUAGUUUUACCUUUCAAAUGUUUGUGCUUAAUGAUUUAUGAAUAAAUUUUAAUUUGGA